AUGGGUCUUCUCGGGAAAUUCCUUGCGCUUACAGUCUCUGACACAAAAGCCUCUACUGAAAUCUCUAAAUCUUUUGCCAUCGCAGAUUGUGCUUCUUGUGCUAAUUGUUCUUCUUCUGAUCUCCCGGCAUCUGAACGUUAUCCUACAUCCCUCUCUAUCGAUAAUGAAACACCUCUUUGGGGGUCAAUCAAACCUUGGAGCUUACAAAUCCUUUGUGCAACAGGAAAAACUGAUUGGAUCCAUAAUAUCUUUGAUGAAAAAUCUUCUGUCGCUCAUGCCUUAGAUGAUUCCCAAAACCAUUGGUCUUCAGGAUUAACUGACCCUGCAACUGGCAAAAAACCUUCAGCUCGUAUCGUCAUCUCAAACUCAUCUCUCCCACCUCCAGACGAAUAUUUCGAAUAUGAUGAUGACACAAAUGACCCUAAAGAUAAACCUACCCGAGUCUUGAUUCUCCCAGAGUUUGUCUACAUUGAAAAUAUUACCCCUAAUUCUGCUUCUGCUGACAUUAAACCUGUCAUUGAUGCUCUCGGUAAAGCCCGCGCAUCUCUUAUCGAAACAAAACUUCCCCCAUCCUCUAGACCCAUCGCAUUCCCUCCACUCCCUAAAGAUACCCUCGACGCAAUUACCCUUCCCUCUGGUCACAAAGUCCACCCAGCUACAGAUCUAGCAUGUAUCGUCCUCUGUUCUCACCGUACUCGUGAUAAACGUUGCGCUGUCACUUCAAACAUCCUUAAAAAGAAAUUCGAAUCUGAACUUAAAGAUCAUGAUCUAUACCGUGACGCCGCCGAUGAUAGACCAGGUGGUGUCCCAAUCCACUUUGUUUCCCAUGUUGGAGGACACAAGUUUGCUGCAAAUGUCAUCAUCUACACUAAAUCAGGCCAAGCUAUUUGGCUCGCAAGAGUCCGCCCAGAACACGUCACAAAUAUCAUCAAUUACUGUAUUCUUAAAGGUGAAGUCUUCCCAGAUAUGCUCAGAUCCGCCUUUAAUACAAACCCCAUUGCUUGGUAA